UUCUUAAUACCAAAUAUUUUUAAAGGUUUCAAUUAAUAUUGUUAAAUUAGACUUCUAGAAUGUCUUUUCUGUUGUUAGCAAUGUCAGUGUCACUGAGGGGGGAAAAAAAGAAAAAAGGUUGGCUUACUUCCUCUCCUUCUCCCCAACUUUGCUUUCUUCUAACAAAGUCCUCAAUCACUCUACAGUAAGAUGGGAUUAUUUUAUGCAGUAAAAAAUCUUUUCAGAUUUCAGUCCAAUUUUGUAGUUAAUAAAUGCUGGAGGGGUUGGUUAUGUUGUUUGCCGUGGUAAGGCUUAACUGUGUCCAUUGUUUGGCAAGGAUCAUUGGCAAACUGCACAUGCUUUGGCCUGCACGCAAGAAGGAUUGGCUGUAUACUGCAACAGGCUUUUGUCUAAGCGAGUGCACCAACACCAUUCAGAUGUUAAUGUGAUAUAAGCUUGCUGUUUUGUACUAGACCUUGACCGCAUCUCUGGAAUGCGGCCUGUCUGGUUAUAAGUUAGCUUUAACAUUAAAAGGGUCUACUGUAAUUCAUGUCUGCCAAUCAAUUAAAGCUGUGAUUGAUUGAUUUUGUUUUCAGAGCUCUGACAUGCCAAAGGAAACUAUUGGAAUUGGUAGAGAAUUGCAUACUGUUUUGUUCUCCCGAGUCGUACCUACUGAUUUGGUUACUUUUUGUUUGCCAUCUGAUUAUGGAAUAAAGUAAAUUUGAUAUAUGAAGAAAUGUACCUUUCCACCCCGGUUAAUGUUUGUUAUGUAGUAGGGUAACUACAUGCUCUAUUUAAAUUGUCCCUUUUAUGCUUUUUUUUUUUUUUUGUAAAGUGGGGUAUAUUUCUUUGUAUUUGCAGCAGAUGUGACAAUUUUCUGUUGUUAGACUAUCUUCUGGUUCAAGAGAAUGUAUUUUCUGGUUCUUGUUUUAGAGAUGGUGAAUAAAUGAAUAGCCUAGGCACGACAGGAACAUGUUAUGUUAAAUUUAAAUGCUGUUCCCUUCAUGUAACUAAUGAUUUGCUGGAUAUUAGGCAGAAAAAGUAUUCUGGAUAAAAGGGUGCAUGCAUGAUGCAAAUAUGGAUUUAAAAACCAGUCCUGGUGAUGAAAUGUCUGGGUCUAAUUUGGUGCAUGAACACGGUACUCACUGGAUUUUGUAUGCUGCGCUCCCUACGUGUUCUUGUAAAAAUGAAGUAGUAUUGUGUUUAUUUUGCUAGAAAGGCUUAAAGAAUGUGUUUUGAGCUAAUGUGUUGAAUCUUAAGUUUCUUUAAGAUUUCAUCAUUGUUUUAGGUGAAGCAUGUAUGGAGGGAGCACAGGAGAAGAAAAGGGUAAAGCUAACAGGACUCAGCUAGCAAUUACUUUAACAGAUAAAACAGAAAAUAUGCAAAUAUCUUCUGGGCACUUAAGGCUGAUCUUUCAGACAUUCACUGUCUGUAUCCCUAGCCAAAAAAGGACAUAUGAUAAUUAGAUUUUCAAGGACCAUGUGCUGUUGCUACAGAGCUAAAUAUUAAAAUGCACGAAAGCAGACUACCACAUGGCACAAUUGGUUUUUAUGGCUGUUCAUGUUAAAAUGCUCUCUUUUUAUAUUGCCUUUUAGGUUACCUAGGGUGAAACAAAAUUACAGGAUUGGAAACUCUGGAAAAGCUCAGCAUCAGCAUUUGAGAGCCGAAGCUUGCAAAUUAUGUGAUUAAUCUACAAGCUGAUAUCAUGAUGUCAAAAUGCAAUUCGGGGAGCAUAAACACAGAAGUUGCAGAAAUUAAAACGUAAGCUGUGCUGGAACAAAAAUGCAAUGAAAGAAACACUGGAUGAAUGAAUGAAAAGCCCUGCUUUGCAAUCCCUCAGCAUGGCAGGACUGCAGCUCAUGACCCCUGCUUCCUCCCCAAUGGGUCCAUUUUUUGGACUACCAUGGCAACAAGAAGCAAUUCAUGAUAACAUUUACACGCCAAGAAAAUAUCAGGUUGAACUGCUUGAAGCAGCUUUGGAUCAUAAUACAAUAGUCUGUUUAAACACUGGCUCAGGGAAGACUUUUAUUGCAGUACUACUCACUAAAGAACUGUCCUAUCAGAUCAGGGGAGAUUUCAACAAAAAUGGAAAAAGAACAGUGUUCUUGGUCAACUCGGCAAAUCAAGUUGCUCAACAAGUGUCAGCUGUCAGGACACAUUCAGAUCUUAAAGUGGGAGAGUAUUCAAGUUUAGAGAUAACUGAAUCAUGGACAAAAGAGCAAUGGAGUCAGGAAUUCUCUAAGCAUCAGGUUUUGAUUAUGACAUGCCAUGUUGCGUUGACUGUUUUGAGAUAUGAAUAUUUAUCCCUGUCAAACAUUAAUCUUUUGGUGUUUGAUGAGUGCCAUCUUGCAAUCCAGGACCAUCCAUAUUGUGAAAUUAUGAAGAUCUGUGAAGAUUGUCCAUCAUGUCCUCGAAUCCUGGGAUUAACAGCUUCCAUUUUAAAUGGGAAAUGUGAUCCUACUGAACUAGAGGAGAAGAUUCAGAAACUGGAGAAAAUCUUAAAGAGCAAUGCUGAAACUGCAACUGAUUUGGUGGUCUUGGACAGAUAUACUUCUCAGCCAUGUGAGAUUGUUGUGGACUGUGGACCAUAUACUGACAAAAGUGGGUUGUAUGGAAGACUAUUAAAGGAAUUGGAUGAAGCACUUACUUUUCUAAAUGACUGUAACAUAUCUGUGCAUUCAAAAGAGAGAGAUUCUACAUUAAUUUCAAAGCAGAUACUGUCAGACUGUCGAGCUGUAUUGGUUGUUCUGGGACCCUGGUGUGCAGAUAAGGUAGCUGGUAUGAUGGUGAGAGAGCUACAGAAGUAUAUCAAACAUGAACAAGAGGAGCUGCACAGGAAAUUUUUAUUGUUUACAGACACUUUCCUAAGGAAAAUACAUGCACUCUGUGAAGAGCACUUCUCACCUGCCUCACUUGACCUGAAAUUUGUAACCCCAAAAGUAAUAAAGCUGCUUGAAAUCUUGCGCAAAUAUAAACCAUAUGAACGGCAGCAGUUUGAAAGUGUUGAAUGGUAUAACAAUAGGAAUCAGGAUAAUUACGUAUCUUGGAGUGAUUCUGAAGAUGAUGAUGAAGAUGAAGAAAUUGAGGAGAAAGAGAAGCCAGAGACUAAUUUCCCAUCUCCUUUUACUAAUAUUUUAUGUGGAAUUAUUUUUGUGGAAAGAAGAUACACAGCAGUUGUCCUAAAUAGGUUGAUAAAAGAAGCUGGCAAACAAGAUCCAGAACUGGCUUAUAUCAGCAGUAAUUUUAUAACUGGACAUGGCAUUGGCAAGAAUCAGCCUCGUAACAAGCAGAUGGAAGUAGAAUUUAGGAAACAGGAAGAGGUUCUUAGAAAAUUUCGAGCACAUGAGACCAACUUACUUAUUGCUACUAGUAUUGUAGAAGAGGGUGUUGACAUACCAAAAUGCAACUUGGUGGUGCGUUUUGAUUUACCCACAGAAUACCGCUCCUAUGUGCAGUCAAAAGGAAGAGCUAGAGCACCAAUUUCCAAUUACAUCAUGUUAGCAGAUACGGACAAAAUCAAAAGUUUUGAGGAAGAUCUUAAGACAUAUAAAGCAAUUGAGAAGAUCUUGAGAAACAAAUGCUCAAAAUCUGUUGAUACCAGUGAAACUGAAACUGAACCCAUUGUUGAUGAUGAUGAUGUAUUUCCACCGUAUGUUUUGAGGCCAGAUGAGAACAGUCCAAGAGUUACGAUUAACACUGCUAUUGGACACAUAAAUAGGUACUGCGCUAGAUUACCAAGCGAUCCAUUUACUCACCUAGCUCCCAAGUGUAAAACCCGAGAACUACCUGAUCAUACGUUUUACUCUACUCUCUACCUGCCAAUCAACUCACCUCUUCGAGCCUCAAUUGUUGGUCCUCCAAUGAGUUGUGCAAGACUGGCUGAGAGAGUUGUAGCUCUUAUUUGCUGUGAAAAACUGCACAAAAUUGGUGAACUGGAUGAUCAUUUGAUGCCAGUUGGGAAAGAAACGGUUAAGUAUGAGGAGGAGCUUGAUUUACAUGAUGAGGAAGAAACAAGUGUUCCAGGAAGGCCAGGCUCUACAAAACGAAGACAGUGUUAUCCUAAAGCUAUUCCAGAAUGUUUGAGGGAUAGUUAUCCCAAACCUGAUCAGCCUUGUUACCUGUAUGUAAUAGGAAUGGUGUUAACUACUCCUCUACCUGAUGAGCUCAACUUCAGGAGGCGAAAGCUGUACCCUCCUGAAGAUACAACAAGAUGUUUUGGAAUAUUGACAGCCAAACCUAUACCUCAGAUUCCUCAUUUUCCUGUGUAUACUCGCUCUGGAGAGGUUACAAUAUCUAUUGAGCUCAAGAAAUCUGGUUUUACUUUGUCUCUGCAAAUGCUUGAGUUAAUAACACGACUCCACCAGUACAUUUUUUCACAUAUUCUUCGUCUUGAGAAACCUGCACUAGAGUUCAAACCCACAGAAGCUGAUUCAGCCUAUUGCGUUCUACCUCUUAAUGUUGUUGAUGACUCCAGCACUUUGGACAUUGACUUUAAGUUUAUGGAAGACAUUGAAAAAUCUGAAGCACGUACAGGCAUUCCCAGUACACAGUAUACAAAAGAAAUGCCAUUUAUUUUCAAGUUAGAAGAUUACCAGGAUGCAGUUAUCAUUCCAAGGUAUCGAAAUUUUGAUCAGCCUCAUCGAUUCUACGUAGCUGAUGUAUACACUGAUCUUACUCCACUCAGUAAAUUCCCUUCCCCUGAAUAUGAAACUUUUGCUGAAUAUUAUAAAACAAAGUAUAAUCUUGACCUGACCAAUCUCAACCAGCCACUGCUGGAUGUGGACCACACAUCUUCAAGACUUAAUCUUUUGACUCCUCGCCAUUUGAACCAGAAGGGGAAAGCACUUCCACUAAGCAGUGCCGAGAAGAGGAAAGCAAAGUGGGAAAGCCUGCAGAAUAAGCAGAUAUUGGUUCCAGAGCUCUGUGCUAUCCAUCCUAUUCCAGCAUCACUGUGGAGAAAAGCAGUUUGCCUUCCCAGCAUACUUUAUCGCCUGCACUGCCUGUUGACAGCAGAGGAGCUAAGAGCUCAAACAGCCACUGAUGCUGGUGUAGGGGUUAAAUCACUUCCUGCAGAUUUCAGAUAUCCUAACCUGGACUUUGGAUGGAAAAAGUCUAUUGACAGCAAAUCCUUCAUCUCUAUUCCUAGCUCCUCUUUGGUAGAGAAUGAAAAUUACUGUAAGCACAGCACAAUUGUAGUCCCUGAAAAUGCUGCACAACAAGGUGCUAAUAGAACCUCUUCUGCAGAAAAGCAUGACCAAAUGUCUGUGAAUUACAGAACAUUGCUCCAUGAGUCACCCAGUAAACUCCAAAUUGAUGUCUCGGCAGAACUUGCGGCAAUUAAUGGUGUUUCUUAUAAUAAAAAUCUUGCCAAUGGCAAUUGUGAUUUAGUUAACAGAGACUUUUGCCAAGGAAAUCAGCUGAAUUACUGCAGGCAGGAAAUACCUGUACAACCAACUACCUCAUGUCCCAUUCAGAAUUUAUACAGCAGUGAGAACCAGCCCAAGCCCAGCAAUGAAUGUACUCUACUGAGUAAUAAAUACCUUGAUGGAAAUGCUAACAGAUCUACCUCAGAUGGAUGCCCCAAAAUGGCAGUGACCACCAGUACUUCAAAAGCUCUUAAUUUCUCAAAAGACAGAGUGGAUUUUUUAAAGAGCCCUUCCAGUGGAUACUCCUCAAAAACUCUUGGCCCCAAUCCUGGUCUCAUUCUUCAAGCUUUGACUCUUUCAAAUGCUAGUGAUGGAUUUAAUCUGGAGCGGCUUGAAAUGCUUGGUGAUUCAUUUUUAAAGCAUGCCAUCACUACAUACUUGUUUUGCACUUAUCCUGAUGCUCAUGAGGGACGGCUAUCGUAUAUGAGAAGCAAAAAAGUCAGCAACUGUAAUUUGUAUCGCCUUGGGAAAAAGAAAGGACUGCCUAGCCGUAUGGUGGUAUCAAUUUUUGAUCCUCCUGUCAAUUGGCUUCCUCCUGGUUACGUAGUAAACCAGGACAAGAGCAACACUGAUAAAUGGGAGAAAGAUGAAAUGACAAAGGAGAGUUUGGCUAAUGGUAAACUUGAAGAUUAUGAUGAGGAGGAGGAGGAUGAAGAUCUAAUGUGGAGGUUACCCAAGGAAGAAGCAGACUUUGAAGAUGACUUUUUGGAGUAUGAUCAGGAACAUAUCAAAUUCAUUGAUAAUAUGUUAAUGGGAUCAGGGGCUUUUGUGAAGAAAAUUUCUCUCUCGCCCUUUUCAACCACUGAUUCGAACUAUGAAUGGAAAGCACCCAAAAAGUCGUCCCUGGGUAAUGUUCAGUUUUCAUCGGAUUUCGAUGAUUUUGACUAUAGCUCUUGGGAUGCUAUGUGCUAUCUGGAUCCUAGCAAGGCUGUGGAAGAGGAUGAUUUUGUAGUGGGCUUCUGGAAUCCGUCAGAAGAAAACUGUGGUGUUGAUGCAGGAAAACAGUCUAUCUCAUAUGACUUGCAUACAGAGCAGUGUAUUGCUGACAAAAGCAUUGCAGACUGUGUGGAAGCCUUGUUGGGCUGUUAUCUGACCAGCUGUGGUGAAAGAGCUGCUCAGCUUUUCCUGUGUUCGUUGGGGCUGAAGGUGCUCCCAGUAAUUAAAAGGACUGAUUGGGAAAGCACUUUGUGUGCUACCAGAGAGAACUGUAACAGUCAGCAGAAAAAUCUUUCACCAAACUCUUUUUCUGCUUCUGUGGUUAAUUCAGAGCCUUCUUUGUACAAAGACCUGGAGUAUGGCUCUUUGAAGAUUCCACCGAGGUGUAUGUUUGAUCACCCAGAUGCUGAAAAAACUCUGAAUCACCUUAUUUCUGGCUUCGAAAACUUUGAGAAGAAAAUAAACUACAGUUUUAAGAACAAGGCUUAUCUUCUUCAGGCAUUUACUCAUGCCUCUUACCAUUACAAUACCAUAACUGAUUGUUACCAGCGCUUAGAAUUCCUGGGAGAUGCAAUUUUGGACUACCUCAUAACCAAGCACCUUUAUGAAGACCCACGGCAACACUCUCCAGGAGUUCUUACUGACCUACGUUCCGCUCUAGUCAAUAACACCAUUUUUGCAUCACUAGCUGUAAAGUAUGACUACCACAAGUACUUCAAAGCUGUCUCUCCUGAACUGUUUCAUGUUAUUGAUGACUUUGUACAGUUUCAAAUGGAAAAGAAUGAAAUGCAAGGAAUGGAUUCUGAGCGAAGAAGAUCUGAAGAAGAUGAAGAAAAAGAAGAAGACAUUGAAGUACCAAAGGCCAUGGGGGAUAUAUUUGAGUCCCUUGCUGGUGCCAUUUAUAUGGAUAGCGGAAUGUCUUUGGAAAUGGUUUGGCAAGUGUACUAUCCAAUGAUGAGGCCUCUAAUAGAAAAAUUUUCUGCGAAUGUGCCCCGUUCCCCAGUGCGAGAGCUGCUGGAGAUGGAGCCAGAGACAGCCAAAUUUAGUCCUGCAGAAAGAACUUACGAUGGAAAGGUCAGAGUAACAGUGGAAGUUGUAGGAAAGGGAAAAUUUAAAGGUGUUGGCAGAAGCUACAGGAUUGCCAAAUCUGCAGCUGCAAGAAGAGCACUACGAAGCCUCAAAGCGAAUCAACCUCAGGUCCCAAACAGCUGAGACUCCUCUUAGAAAUAAAUAAAAUGGGGGGAAAAAGCAGACAAAUAAAGCAAAUUUUUAAAUAAGUUGAUGUUGAGAGGAACAAAUUGAAGACAAUUUAAAGUUUGUUUGAUAACAGAAUAGAUAACAAAACAUUUAAUGUGUAUAAAAUUUUGGAACUAAUUGUAGUUAUAGUUUUUUGCGCAAACACAAUCUUGUCUUCUUUCCUCACUUCUGCUUUGUUUAAUCACAAGAGUGCUUUAAUGAUAACAUUUAGCAAGUGUUCAGAAUAAUUGUUGUCAGGUCUUUUCAUUUUACUUUACUGUCAGUACAGCUUUGCUUAGUGUUAGAAGGCCAGGGAGCUUAUGCCUAAUGCAGUUGCUAGAUUUAUAUAUAGUAAUCUUGAAAUUCUUCAAUCUGUGCACUAGUGCCAGUCAUAAAGCAGUUGGUAAACUGUACUGGAUGAUUGGGUAUAAGAAAGAAUAAGUGUGCCAGUAUUGUCUUUUUUUUUUUUUUUCUCUCUCUCUGUCUCCAUGUCAUCUUUUUACAUUAAGAUGAUAUUCCCAAUCAUUGUUGCACUUAUUUGUUAGGGACAGAUUUUAAUUGAAAUGGCUGGCAUGCUGGUGAAUGAAAUUUCAAUUUCCUUAUGCCACAAAGUCUUGCAUUUAAAAAAAAAAAAAAAAAAAAAAGGUUUUUGCCUUAAAAAUAAAUAAACCCUCAUUAAUAAUCUUUAAUUUCUGAUCUUGUUUGGAAUGAACUAUUUUACAUUCCCUUCAUUUUGUUACUCGUUUUACAAUGAUACAGCUCUAUAUUUACAGUACAACUCAUUACCAUAGCUGUGACUUAUUACAGGAUUAUAAUAGAAGUUAUUCAUAUAUAUGUAAUUAGAUUAUUUUUAACAAUUCAGAGGAGGUGGUUAGUCUACAGAUUUUUUUUGUUUUUUAUACCAUAAACAAUAUAUGGUCUUUUGGCUAAAAUUCCAAUUUUACACAAACCUGCAAGCUAGAUAGUUCCAAUACUGGAAACAUUAAUGAAUAAUUGCACAGUACAAACUGUCACUAACAAACUAACCGUAGACAUAUCACACCUAAAAUAUGCUGCAGAUUUUAUAGUCAGUUGGUUAUGUAUUUAACAAAUGGAGCACCUUUAGACCUAGAGAUAUUUCCACGUAAAUUUCUUACUGUACUUUUCAGAGUUGCAUGCAUAUUUCACCUACCAAAGCUGUGCUGUUAAAUGCCAUGGAAGUUGAUGUUUGAGAUAAAACUGCCGUACUUUUGAUACAUCUGUGAUUUAGGUCCUUAAUUUAGAGAAACUAGCUCAUUGGUGUUUUGGUCUACUUGGGGGUGGGGGGAAAUCAUACUUUUAUGUUUUAGGCUUUGCCUAUACUUCUUUAAUUAGAUUUUUGUAGGCACUCUUCACUUAAAUACCUCAGUUCUUUUUUUUUCUUUUUCUCUUUCUUUCUUUUGUUGCAUGCAUUGUUUUUUUUUUCCUGUUUUGGUGCUAUGUUUAUAUAUUAUGCUUGAAAUUUUAAUUUUUUUGCACUGUAACUAUAAUACCUCUUAAUUUACCUUUUUAAAAAGCUGUGGGUCUCGUAUUCCCACCAAUAUCAAUAGAGGUUUGCUGCAAUUUUGCCCUGUUUAAUUAUGCUUGAAGUUUGAGAAAGCAGAGCAAGGUGUUUAAAUGUUUUCCAGUACAAUAGUUUGAACUUGAUGCUGUGUCUUAUGUAUUAAAUUACAAGUAAAUACUGUAUUUCCUGCUUUUAAAACCCUAUUCCUUUCCUCACAAAUGCACACUAAAACAAAACAAACUGUCAGCUCUAGCUUUCUUAAAAAACAAAAAAAAAAAAAAGAAAAAUGCCUUAGUGGCAAGGGGUAGGCAUUAAGCUUUUCUGAAAUACAAUUUUCAAAAGUUUAUAUAUAUUCUAUUUUAAUUACUUUUUGUUUUACAAAUUGAGCAGUUUUUGUAUUUGGAAACAGCAUUAUUAUAGUAGUGAAAGCAAGAAUUCUAAUGCUAGCUGGUAAACAAAUUCUAGCAUUUCUUUGGUACUCAGUCAUGAAAAAGAUAUGAGGAAAGGACAAGUGUUUAUAUGUACAAAACAAGUGUAAAUGAAAUAGUAAAAACAUGCAGACUAAAUUUUCAAAGAUGAAUUGCUUUGCUGGCUAUUUAAAAAUUGCUGAUUUAUGUUAUAGCUAUUUCUUCAUCAUAGGAGUGAAAUUUCUUAGGGAAAAUUCAUGAUCGUUAAUGUUAACAAUUCUGUAUUUCCGGCCAGAGAUCAAUUAGCAGAUAAAAUCAGACCAAGUCUUAAAUAGUUUUAACUACAUUAUGAACAACUGUAAAAUUUAAAACUUAGUCCUUUAACGCCUAAAAUUUCUUACUGAUUGUUAGAAGGCUAUAGAUUCUCAGGGGUUUCAGAUAAUGGUUAGGAGUAAAGUGCUGCAGAGUUUUGAUGCAAUGAAAACUAACUGAAUUUGUUCUGUAUUUCAGAAUCGUUUAAUGAUCACUUCAUUACUAGAUAAAGCCUAUGAAUUGGAAAUUUGAAAUGUGUAGUGGCUGACUAUAAAGUAGUUUCUGCUGCUGAUGUAUUUUAAAAUGUGUUUUAAAUGCCGCAUUUUUUUCCAGUGUGACCUCAUUGAAAUACUUUGUAUCCUUUGAGAUAAAAAAAGACAUAUGAAUUUCCAUGUCGUACAUCUGUGUGUUUUACCCUUCAGUUGAUAUGAUUUUGAUAUUGAACAAUGUAUGCUAUUAAAGACCUAAAUCUGAUCAUUUGAAGGUUGGGAUAGAAAUCACUUGACAUGCUAUAAGCACAAGUGGAAGCGGACUGUUGCAACCCAUCUUCAAAAGCAACCACACAGGCUCCUCAUAAAUAGUGUGGGGGUUAGUUGGCAUGAACCUUGUUUUUUUUGUUUGUUUUUGUUGUUUAUCUUCUUAGUCCUAUUAUACUGUACUUUAAACAGUCCUCCUAACUAUGCUGCGUUUUUAUUUUUAUGGCUUUUUUUGCGCUGUUCUGUUCAUGUAGCACAAAUAAGCAUUGCACUUGGUACCAUGCUUUACCUCAUUUCAAGGAAAAAAAUGCUUAACAGAGAGGAAAAAUGUGGUUUGGCCUUGCUGCUGUUUUGAUUUACUGAAUUUGAAAAAAAGAUAAUUAUAAUGCCUGCAAUGUGUCAUUUACUUGCACAACUUAAAUAGGUCAUUUGUAAUGUCUGUGGCAUUUUUACUGUAUGUGGAAAAAUACAACAAAGAUGUGUAACAAAACUCUUGAUUGUAUUUUAAAACUAUUGUUUUUUUAUGACAUCAUUUUUACUGUUAUGUGAAGUACUUAAAAUUAGAAUGACCUCUGACACUCCUGUAAUUAUCUCUGAACAAACCAACAUAUUAUGCAUAUAAUGUAGUUUUUGCAAGAAGACAGCCUGUAGUAAUUUGGUCAACCUCAACUAAGUCUCCACUCGUUCUGAAUAUUGAGUGCCCAGUAGUGACUUCUGAAGUGUUUGUUCAGCUUGAUGCUGCUAAAGUUCGUACAGAAAAAGCCUACUAUUUUUUAGUCUCAUUACACAAUAGUAUAUUUUAACUGUAGAGUGUAGAACUUAACAAGAAUCCAGACCAAUUUUGGUGCUGGGGCGGAAUAGAAUGCCGGCCCAGUGAUGAGGUGCCAGAUCCUCAGCUAGUGCAAAUUGAUGUAGUAUUAUUUUAAUCUGUAGAACUGCAUUGGUUUUACAUAUCUGAAGCUC